AUGGAACAAUACUACACACAAUGUCCGUCAGAACUUGCCUUCUCUAUUCCCAGAUUUCAAGAAUUACUCAAAACUAAAAACAUUGGCCGAUGUUUCAUUUAUCGGGAACAAGUGGAGUCAACCAUGGAUGUUGCAAAAGCACAAGCCGAAGAGAAAUGUCCCACUGGUACUCUCAUUCUUGCAGAAGAACAAACAAAAGGAAGAGGAAGAAAAGGAAGAGCAUGGAGCAGUGAAGGACAAGGGAAGAGUUUAUAUUUCACCAUUGUAUUUCAUUUGAAUAUGGAGAAGGCUUCGGAAUUGAUCAAGCUUAAUUUGGCUAUUCCAUUGGCUGUUGCUCUUACAUUGAAAGAUGAAGGACUAAAAACGUGUGGCAUCAAGUGGCCCAAUGAUGUGUGGGUCAUUCCGGAGCAAUCAACAACCAGCAAUGCAAAAAAGAUCAGUGGAAUGCUGAUCGAUAGUGUACAAACAGGAGAGUCUCUAUUUGGAUUAGCUGGAGUUGGUAUCAAUCUUAACCAGUCUUUCAUGAGCAGCAAUAACACACGUCAAGCAGUCGAAGAGAAGAAUGAACUUUUAAAUAUUGCAACUUCUUACUUUGAUGAAACCAACAAGACAGUCGAAAGAGAAAAGUUUUUAGCUCAUUUCUGUAAUACUUUGGAAGCCUUGUUAGGGCUCAGUCAAAAAGAAGUUUUAGUGUUGUACAAGUCUAAUGACAUUCUUCUUGGAAAGGACGUGACUGUCAUUCCAGCUGAUUCAAAAUCUGCUCCUUAUUCUGCUAAGGCUGUGGGUAUUUCAAAGUUUGGAAAUUUAUUGGUAGAACUAAAUGAUGGAUCAGGAGUUAAGGAGUUGGUAGCCGAAGAAGUUUCUAUUCGUCCCAUAUUUUGA